AGUGAGGGCCGGGCUCUCCCCUGCAGUGGCAAGACCUCGGUCAAGUGAGUUCCUCCUGGUUUGCGCUGAGUUUUGUGUUCACUGCAUGCAUGGACUGUGUCACCAAUUGCGCUCCUGCGGGAAGAGGUGUCUCGGCUCCAGGAGGAAGUCCACCUUCUCCGGCAGAUGAAGGAGAUGUUGACGAAGGACUUGGAGGAGUCACAGGGCGGCAAGUCCUCCGAGGUCCUCUCAGCCACCGAGCUCAGGGUCCAGCUGGUCCAGAAGGAGCAGGAGCUAGCCAGAGCCAAAGAAGCCUUGCAGGCCAUGAAAGCCGACCGGAAGCGCCUGAAGGGAGAGAAGACCGACCUGGUGAGCCAGAUGCAGCAGCUGUACGCCACGCUGGAGAGCCGCGAGGAGCAGCUCCGCGACUUCAUCCGCAACUACGAGCAGCACCGCAAGGAGAGCGAGGAUGCUGUCAAAGCUCUGGCCAAGGAGAAGGACCUUCUGGAGCGUGAGAAGUGGGAGCUGCGGCGCCAAGCCAAGGAGGCCACGGACCACGCCACGGCACUGCGUUCCCAGCUGGACCUCAAGGACAACCGGAUGAAGGAGCUGGAGGCCGAGCUGGCCAUGGCCAAGCAGUCCUUAGCUACGCUGACCAAGGACGUCCCCAAGCGGCAUUCACUCGCCAUGCCGGGUGAGACCGUGCUCAACGGCAACCAGGAGUGGGUGGUGCAGGCGGACCUCCCGCUGACCGCAGCCAUCCGGCAGAGCCAGCAGACUCUCUAUCACUCACACCCCCCCCACCCUGCAGACCGGCAAGCAGUCAGGGUGAGCCCCUGCCACUCCCGGCAGCCCUCUAUCAUCUCCGACGCUUCAGCUGCGGAAGGCGACCGGUCAUCCACGCCGAGCGACAUCAACUCCCCUCGUCACCGGACGCACUCCCUCUGCAACGGCGACAGUCCCGGCCCGGUCCAGAAGAACCUGCACAACCCCAUUGUACAGUCACUAGAGGAUCUUGAAGACCAAAAACGGAAAAAGAAGAAAGAGAAGAUGGGAUUCGGCUCCAUCUCCCGCGUCUUCGCCAGAGGGAAGCAGCGGAAGUCCCUCGACCCCGGCCUCUUUGAUGGUACCGCCCCUGAUUAUUACAUAGAGGAGGACGCGGACUGGUGAUGCCCGCCUCCCUGGGCCUGCUGCCCCGCAGGCGUGUCUGCGUGCGGACGUGCGUGUGCGCGAGUGUGCGAGCGAGUGUGGGGUGCGCGUGGGCGUGGGUGCUGGGCGCGGCCGGGCGCAAACACACGUGUGACCCCUUCCCCGUGCGUCGCCACCUCUGUAAUUGAUGUACAUACUACAAACGUGUGUGAAUAUGUCAACUCUCUGUCGUCUUUGGAGCGAUACAGUUGUGUUGUUAAUCUAGGUUUGUUUCGUUUUUGUUUUCCUUCGAUGUCUUUUUUUUUUUUUUCUUUUUGUUCGGUUCGUUGGGUUGUUUUCCUCACACACACCCCCCUUUCCCUUCCCCUCCUCCUUUUUAUGAAACUUGAAAACUUGAAGGACUGCUGUGUAUUUGUAAAUAACAAAACUAUUGUGCACUCUGUGCUUGUAAAUGUCCCUCGUCCAAACUGCUACUUCUGGAGCCCCUCCCCGAGGAUGUGGUCUGUUUUUGAUGUCCCCCCCCCAAACCCCGUCGACCCCCCGCUGUGAACGUGUGGGACCAGACCCUGUUCUCGGGGCACGCCCAAGUCACUUGAACCACAAAACCACCAUCGUGGUCAGGGUAAGGUCCUCUCUCCGCAAAGUCUCGGAAGCCCGGCCAAGGGUCUGGGCCGGGUGUGUUGAAGUCGAACGGGCUCUUUUUAACGGCCUGCCAGUUUUUCAAUUGCGUUGCCGUUUCUUUCUUUAUGGAAAACAAGAAAAUUGUUCCAUUUAAUUUAUUUGCACAAAUGCAGAAGACUUAUUCUAUCUAAAUUAUUACAUAAAUAUUGGAAUGUAUAUUUUUCCAUGGGGCGGGCGGGAGGCGGGUGUUUCUGUUGACUUGUCUGUUCUGCUCUCACGCUGCUGCCAAACUGUGCAAGGUCAAGUUUAGGGUGGCCGGAACCCAGGGACCAUGGGAUGUCGAAGCUUGCUCUUUUCCGUUCUCUCUUCUCUCGCCCCAUUCUUCCGCCCCUGCAUGGAGGUGCACCCCACCUUUCUUCCCACCCAUAGCUCUCUCCAGGCCUUUCUAUAUGCAUUUAUUUAUCAGAAAUACAGAACCCGACCUCAGUGAGCAGAGUGCUGUAAGGGUCACCUCUCUUGGGUCUGUCUUUUGAGUGGGCUUGAAUACCAGGGAAGACAGCCAACCGCAUGACCCCAGGGACCCUCAGCCUGAGCGGUUCCUCGGGCGUCCUCGAGUGGCAGAUGUUCCUCCCUGCAGCUGUGUCUUUCUCAUCCUUGGUUUAUUCUGCACAUUGGCCAGGCAGGUCUCAUUGGGGGAGGCUCUCGCCUCAAGGGGAGGGCUGUUGGGGACACAGCAUCAGGCACCAGAGCCUCUGCCCUCCCCAUUCUGGUUGGUUCCUCCAGCCACACUUAGCAGAAUCUCUCGGGAUCCCUCAGGCCCUGUCCUCCAUCCACUCACCCCAGGAGAGAGGGCUGGCAGGAACAUCUGCCUGUUUGAGGAUCAGCGUUGGUCCUAACGAGGCCUCACCAGCAAAAGAACCAUGUUCAUUAAACGCUGGGUGUUGGAGAACACGGGAGCUAACAGCCACGGCCUCCCAAGGCCUAAAACUAGCUUUUCCUUUUCUUUCGGCCUGUGAAUCCCUCCCUUCGCUCCCCCUUAACUGCUAAUACAGCUCAAUUCACACACAUCCUAAACACAGUAGUUAUGCUGUCUGCUAACAGUAACAUUUUCCGCUCGUAAAAAGAAACAAGAUUUUAAAAUGCUGAAGCAUCAAAGAAACAAGAUUUUAAAAUGCUGAAGCGUCUCUAUCACAACGAAUAGGAUAUUUUAUCCGAAGUCUCAAAAAUGAACAGAAAAGCCCUAGCCGGCUGCUCCCUUUCCUUCUGACCUGCCGGGGGGUGCGAAGGAGCAGGCCACACACCUGCAAAGGCUCUUUCUGGCUAAGCCGUUUAUCCAAGAGACUGGAGCUGGCAUCUUUCUUGACAGAGAGAGAUUUUAGAAAACACACUCCCCUCCCCCCGCCAUGAAUUUUUCUUUCUCUUGAUUGAUUUUUAUUGUUUUCCCUUUACUUAUGAGAAAGUAAGAUUGCAACCACCCACUCCUGGUAAUGAUUCAGUAGCUCCUUUUCAUUUCAGUUUUUGUAAAUUAGGAGAUAAUUCUGAGAGUUACUAAGGAUGAUUUAUUUAAGAGAACUACGUCAAAUAGCGAAUGAGUUAUGGGUAACAUUAGAUGAAAAUAACCUUUCCCGUGGGAAAGGUUUCUCGAAGGCAUGGAUGCAAAUACAAAAUAUUAAAAAAAAAAAAAAAAAAUCUAAAUAAAGCUUAUUUUAAAAUAUGA